AUCACCAGCCUCUGUGAGUCUGUCUGAUGCCUCUGUGGACUCGUCUCCUCUAAAAAAAAAAAAAUCCUUCUCCUUCGUCUCAUCUCUGGAGUCUCAUCAUGGAGCUUCAGAGCGCCACCGCCACCUCCUCGCUCCCCGGCCCUCUCUCGCCCGGCCCUCUCUCUCCUACCUCGGACUACGCCGUCCUCCCUCUCUCGCCGUCGUCUCCGUCGGUCGGCCCCGGCGGGGGUCCGAGCCCCAGCCUCAGCCCCAUCAGGGGGCCCAGCCCGAACCCGGAUUCUCGGGUCAGGCUGCUUUCAACUACAACCAGCUGGAGGGAAGGUUCAAACAGCUGCAAGAUGAGCGUGAGGCGGUGCAGAAGAAGACCUUCGUCAAAUGGGUCAACUCCCACCUGUCCAGAGUUUCCUGUCGGAUCACCGACCUCUACAUGGACCUGAGGGACGGACGCAUGCUCAUCAAGCUGCUGGAGGUUCUGUCAGGAGAGAGACUG